UAACACACACAGCUUCUGAUCUGCUUCAGUCCAGUUGGUCCUGGUUCCGGGUCGGAUGUUCCGGAACUGAGUGAGUGUGAAGCUUCAGUCCCGGGUUAGUGUUAGCUUAGUGUUAGCUUAGCUUCAGUUAGCAGCAGGUCACGGGUCAUUCCCGGAACACACAGUUAGCUUCCGUUAGCUUAGCUCCGCCGCUGCUAGCGUCACUUAGCAGGUCGUUAGCAGCUAGCAGUUAGCCUCAGCAUGCCGGCGAUGCUGGACAGAAACCCGGAGGUACCGGGGAAGCGGAGGGGCAGAGCACCGGCGGCCGGUGGCAGCAGCGGCCCCGCGGCGGCAGCUCAUCCCGGCGGGAAGAGCCUGUCCGGUAAUGGAACCAGCACCAACAGCUGCUGGGAAGAAGGAAGUUCAGGCUCCAGCAGCGACGAGGAACAUGGUGGAGGCGGGAUGCGGGUCGGACCGCAGUAUCAAGCCGUUGUUCCGGACUUUGACCCGGACGUGGCCCAGGCCGCCCAGCUCAGGGAGAACCUCGGGAUGCUGGUCUGGAUCCCGAGCAGCUGCCUGAACCAGACUCAACUGGACGAAUACAUCGCCAUCGCCAAAGAGAAGCACGGUUACAACAUGGAGCAGGCUCUCGGGAUGCUUUUCUGGCACAAACACAACAUUGAGAAAUCUUUGGCCGAUCUUCCGAACUUCACUCCGUUUCCUGACGAGUGGACGGUGGAGGACCGAGUCCUGUUCGAACAGGCCUUCAGCUUCCAUGGAAAGAGCUUCCACCGCAUCCAGCAGAUGUUACCUGAUAAGUCGAUGGCCAGUCUGGUUCGGUUUUAUUACUCCUGGAAGAAAAGUCGCAGUAAAACCAGUCUGAUGGACCGACAGACCCGCAAACACAAGAGAGAGAGAGAUGACAGUGAUGAAGAGGUGGAGGAGAGUAAUGGAAACCCUCCCAGUGACCCUGAGCUCAACCAAACUAAAGAAGACAAGAAAGAGGUGAGCUCCGUAUCAGAGAGGUCAGAGGUCAAACCAACUACUGGACUGAAGGCUGGGGGGAAGGCGUCCCAGCGGGUGAAGAAGCGCCCCCCCAGAGGAAUGUUCCUGAACCAGCAGGACGUCGUCUCACUUUCCUCCAGCUCGGCUCUGGGACUCAUACGUCAGCUGGACGGUCAGCUGGUCUCCAUCAAGAGACAGAUCCAGACCAUCAAACAGUCAAACAGCACUCUGAAGGAGACGCUCAGCUUAGGAGUUGACGAAUUCAGGCAACCAGAGGUGAAUCAGAAGUUUAACAGUCGUUGGACCACUGAGGAGCAGCUGCUGGCUGUACAAGCCAUCAGGAAGUAUGGGCGGGACUUCCAGGCGAUCUCGGAUGUGAUUGGUAACAAGUCGGUGGUACAAGUGAAGAACUUCCUGGUUAAUUACCGGCGGCGGUUCAACCUGGACGAGGUGCUGCUGGAGUGGGAGGCGGAGCACGGUGUGGAGGGCGGAGCCACCGGGGAUGACGACAAGAUGGAGGUCGGUCCAACUGAGGAAGACGAAGAGGUUGUCGUCAGGGAGACGAAGGAGGCUGUCGUCAGGGAGACAAAGGAGGCCGUCGUUAAGGAGACAAAAGAGGCCGUCGUCAGGGAGACGAAGGAGGAGUCGUCCUCUCCGGCGGACUCAGACUCCCAGAAGCCUUUGCCCUCCUGAGGAUCCCUGACUGCACCCCCUGUUUUUUAUGAUGUCAUCAUGUUUUUUAAUUUCACUUCCUGUUAUUGAUCAGUCGAUUGAUCGGUGGGUGGGAUCUGAUGACCUGUCAUUACUGCUCUGGACCAAUCAGGAAACAGAUCUGACCUGUCAAUCAAAGUGGGUGGGGCCUGUUGCUUUGUGUUUAAAGGCGUUCACUGUAGGAUCAGCUGUUUGGGUGAUGAUGUCAUCCUGCAUGGUGCGCCUUUAAAGAGAAUUUGUUGAUUUUAACUUUUUUCUUUCA